UUGAAAAUGGAGUUUUGGGAGGAUCUAGGAAGUUUCAAACUCAAAUAGUUAACGUUGUUUCCAUAUCUUACAUGUGAAAGCGUGGAUGGAUGAGAGUGUGUGGUUUUUCUUGGUGGCAAUAAGGUUUCCAUUGAAUCAAACCUGGUUAUUGUUCUGGAACCCAAAUCUGAAAAACGCUUCUCUGUUUCACUAAGUGGGGAGCAAAGCAUUUAAAGUUUUGAAAUACUUUCAUGGGAUUGGUGGUUUGUACGAGGUUGCUGUUACUGUUUUCUCUCUGCCAUUCUUUUGGGUCGGGUAAAGAUGGUGUUUUUGUCUUGGGAAUCGAGUGCAGGGAGUGACUGCUUGAAAAAUUGAAGGGAAAAAUCGUUGUUGAUUGAGAUGAAUUCGUUUCGGGUGGUUUGUUGGGUGGUGUGGUGUCUGGGAUUUGUGGGGGCUGCAAACGUGUCGUCCUCGAGACCCGCCAUCGUCAACAUUGGAGCAAUCUUCAACCUCGAUUCUAUUCUAGGGAAAGUGGCUAAAAUUACAUUGGAGGAAGCCGUGAAAGAUGUUAACGCCGACUCUAGCAUUCUAUAUGGAACUAAAAUUGUUCUCACUAUGCAAAAUUCCAAUUACAGCGGUUUCUUAGGCAUGGUUCAAGCUUUGCGGUUCAUGGAGACUGAUGUGGUUGCUAUAAUAGGACCACAAUCUUCUGUGGUUGCGCAUAUAAUAUCCCAUGUUGCAAAUGAACUACGAGUUCCUUUGUUGUCAUUUGCCGCAACAGACCCUACCCUGACAUCGCUGCAGUUUCCUUUCUUUGUGAGGACAACACAGAGUGAUCUGUACCAAAUGAAGGCUGUUGCUGAAAUCAUUGAUUACUAUGGUUGGAAGGAGGUGAUUGCAAUAUACGUGGAUGAUGAUUAUGGACGGAAUGGUGUGGCUGCUUUGGACGAUGAACUAGCUGCCAGGCGCUGUAGAAUCUCCUUCAAGGAAGGGAUUAAUUCCGGAACUGAAGUCAACCGGGGAGAAAUUACUAGUUUGCUGGUGAAAGUGGCACUGAUGCAGUCUCGAGUCAUUGUUCUCCAUGCACAAACUGAUUAUGGUUUUAUGGUUUUCAAUGUGGCGCGUUAUCUUGGGAUGACAAACAAUGGCUACGUGUGGAUAGUCACAGACUGGCUCUCUUCACUUUUGGAUUCUGCUUCUCUCCCUUCAGACACAAUGGAUGUUCUCCAGGGAGUACUUGUUCUGCGCCAGCAUACACCUGACUCAGAUAGAAAAAGGGGAUUUGUCUCUCGGUGGAACAAGUUGACCGGUGGCUCUUUGGGGUUACAUUCUUAUGGCCUCUACGCUUAUGAUUCUGUGUGGCUUGUUGCACGGGCCCUUGAUGAUUUUUUCAGUCAGGGUGGGGUUCUUUCGUCUACGAAUUACACAAGUUUGGGUGGUGGUGAUGAUAAGGGAAGUGAUUUGAACCUUGAUGCAAUGAGCAUUUUUGACAACGGAACGCUUCUGCUGAACAACAUAUUGCAGAGUGAUUUUGUUGGACUAUCAGGUCGAAUGAAAUUUGAAGCAGAUCGAUCUCUCGUUCAUCCUGCCUAUGAUGUGCUUAAUGUGGUUGGAACUGGCCUUAGGAGGGUUGGUUACUGGUCCAACUAUUCUGGUUUGUCAAUUGUAUCUCCUGAGAUACUGUAUGCAAAGCCACCUAAUAGAUCUAGUGCGAAUCAGAAUCUUUACAGUGUGAUAUGGCCUGGAGAAACAUUAUCUAAACCGCGUGGAUGGGUCUUCCCAAAUAAUGGUAGACAGUUGAGGAUUGGUGUGCCUAUCCGAGUCAGUUAUCGUGAAUUUGUCUCACCAGUGAAGGGAACUGAGAUGUUCAAAGGUUUUUGUGUUGAUGUAUUCACAGCAGCUCUGAACUUGUUGCCUUAUGCCGUUCCUUACCAAUUUGUUCCAUUUGGAGACGGACACAAAAAUCCAAGCUACACAGAACUUGUCCGCUUGAUCACAACUGGUUACUUUGAUGGUGCCAUUGGUGACAUUGCUAUUGUCACAAAUCGGACAAGGGCUGUAGAUUUUACACAACCAUAUGCAGCAUCGGGACUUGUUGUGGUGGCCCCAUUUACAAAAAUUAAUUCUGGUGGUUGGGCUUUCCUGCAGCCAUUUACUCCUCUUAUGUGGAUUGUGACUGCAUGUUUCUUCCUUUUCAUUGGGAUAGUUAUAUGGAUUCUGGAACACAGGAUCAAUGAUGAGUUCAGAGGUCCACCUAGACAGCAAAUUAUAACCUUGUUAUGGUUUAGCCUGUCAACUCUGUUUUUUUCCCACAGAGAGAAUACCAUGAGUGGUCUUGGUCGGUUUGUGAUGCUUCUAUGGCUAUUUGUGGUAUUGAUCCUCACUUCCAGCUACACUGCAAGUUUAACAUCCAUACUCACAGUGCAACAGUUAUCUUCUCCUAUCAGUGGAAUAGAUAGCUUAAAGGCUGGUGAUGAACCUAUAGGAUACCAAGUGGGUUCAUUUGCAGAACAUUACUUGACUCAAGAUAUUGGAAUAUCCAAAUCCAGGCUUAUUGCCCUUGGAACUCCAGAAGAAUAUGCUAUGGCCCUAAAGCUUGGUCCUAAAAAAAGAGGAGGUGUUGCUGCUAUUGUUGAUGAACGGCCUUAUGUUGAAAUCUUCUUAUCAAGCCAGUGCACCUUCAGAAUUGUUGGUCAGGAGUUCACCAGAAGUGGCUGGGGCUUUGCAUUCCCUCGGGACUCCCCUUUGGCUGAGGAUAUUUCAACAGCCAUUCUACAACUUUCUGAAACGGGUGAUCUACAACGGAUUCAUGACAAGUGGAUGACACGAAGCUCUUGUUUAGACAAUGCUGAAAUCGAUUCAGAUCGUCUUCAGCUUAAAAGCUUCUGGGGUCUAUUUCUCAUUUGUGGGAUAGCUUGCUUUGUUGCUCUUCUUUUGCAUUUUUUGCAGAUCAUGUUCCAGUUACGGAAAUCUCCUCCUUCUGAACCUCCAUCUUCUACUACUGCCUGGUCAAUUUCUGGUCGUUUUCAGAGAUUUCUCUCGCUCAUUGACGAGAAAGAAGAUCCACCAACGAGUAAUGGAAGAAAGAGAGAAAGAUCACUUGAAGAUCAACUGGUAAGGCAGCCAAAGAGGGUACAACUACAACUACAAACAGAAAUGGCCUCCUAAUUCAACUUAACACUUUGAUGUCAUUGAUUUUUUAUAUUUAGCAGUGCUGUUACAGCAAAAAUCCCAAGACUCAGCGUUGCUAAUGUUCAUAGUUAUAAUUUUUCCUCGGACGGAGAACAUGUUAUGAAGUGUUAACACAUCACAUAGGUAGUUCUGUUA